AUGGAGGGGGCUACUUUGGGGAUGGAGACGAUGUACAUCAUCUCCGACGAGGGACUGCAUCCGGCCAUCCAGGAUCAUCCACGGCCAUUGCAGCCACUCGACGGUUGCACCACCCCCUCGGGGACCGUCGUCGAUCACUGCAAAUCCACGCCCGGAUACACGAUUACAGGGCAGAUAGUGUAGGUGUAUACGGUAUAGCAUAAAUCAGACAGAGGCGCACUGCUCCAGUGCCCCCCCAAAUUUGAGCUCCGCGAUGUCGGGACUCGGCAACCAUCAACCUGAAUCGACACUAGCCCAGAUCUCGAGCGACGGGCCUUGCACAGAUGCGGUACUAUAUGGGACGCUAUGUCGAGCUCUGCAUCGACCCCAAUAGUCUCUCGCUCCAUUCUCCGAAUCGGUCGAGGCCAGCCUUGACCUCCUCCAGACAGCGCGAAGAUCUGUCUCGGGAUUCGAGUCAACAGGUCGUCCUAGGUCGUUGGGCGGAUAUAUCUUCCGCAUCGAGGUGUGUUGGUGCUGGUGGAGGAAGGAGAUCAGUGGAAUCUUACAGGUCGAGACUUGAAAUCGAUGCUUCAUCUGGUUCCCCGCCGCGGUCAUUGGAUGCUGACCCCGGUUCCGAGACAGCCUAUUGCAUCCUAUAUAGUUUCUGUUUCUGCGUAGGUCGAUCCAUGCGCAGACUCGGUAGAUCACAUGCAUCCAACAGGGGAGGCUUCAUUUUCUGAUAACGACGGAGUGCCUUACUGUGUAUGUACGCAGCUUAGUACAUCAUCAGCUGCAGAGAUGG